AUGGAUCCAGAACCAGCAACACCUCUUUUCGAAGAAAGCUUUCGUAGUACCACUCCACCGGCACUUUCUGGAUAUCCUCCUGCUUUAAAGAAAAUGGCUUCCAUAGGAAAUAUUCCUCAAAAGAAGGAUUCAAAACAAUUCGACAUAGUAGAAACCUACCAUCGACUUCUCAACGAUGAUCCCGAUGUCACUAUGCCCGUCGCUGCAAUCGAAGCACUCAUUGAACUUCUGGCCUGCUCUCGCGCAGUCACCGUUUACGAAACUCUCGAUUUAGUUAAAACCCAGUCCGAUUAUUUGAAAUCUCGCAUCCCCAAUUCCAUAUCGUUAUCUGCCGGAACGGAUCUAUUUCAAAGAUAUAUGAUACAAUCUUUAAAACCUUCAAGUACCGGAAACUUCGAGACCGUGCGACAGCAUCUUUUAAGUAAUGGAAGAUUGUUUGUUACCAGAGCAAAGCAGGCUAGAUAUAGUAUUGCUACUUAUGGACGAAACUUUGUUAGAGAUGGAAGUGUGGUUUUGACUCAUGGAGGAAGUAGAGUUGUGGGAGCUCUACUAGAUAAAGCUGCGGAAUCGAGAGCUACUGGUGGAAAUGUCAGAUUUAACGUCAUUUAUGUUAUGAAUGAUGCUAGGAGCGCAGAGAGUAAAGCCGUGGUUACAUCAUUAAGGGCUAAAGGUGUACCAGUCGCUACGAUAUCAGAGGGUGCUGUUGGAUAUGCUAUGGGGAAAGUCGAUUUAGUUAUUGUCGGUGCAGAAGGUGUGGUAGAAAAUGGAGGAGUCAUUUCGAGAUUGGGAACAUAUCAAAUCGCGCUAUUAGCGAAAGCGGCUGGAAAACCAUUUUAUGUCGCUGCGGAAAGUCACAAGUUUGUGCGAUUAUAUCCUUUGGGACAAUAUGAUCUUGGUAUUGAUCAAGAGAUUAUCGAUUUCCGUACCGAGGAUGAUGAAGGGGAUAAAACUCCGAAAAUUGAGGAGAAAUCGGAAUAUUUUGAGGCAGGCAAGAUUAAUAUAUCGAAACCAGAUGCUGUUGAUGCGGUGGACUUUACACCUCCAGCCCUGAUAUCCGCACUUAUCACCGAAUCGGGGGCUUUGACUCCAAGUGCUGUUAGUGAGGAACUUAUUAGUUUAUGGUAUUGA